AUGAUUGGUGGAUUGUUCGUGUACAACCACAAAGGAGAAGUACUAAUUUCAAGAAUAUAUCGAGACGAUGUGACGUGAGUUUGUUUGUUUGUUUAUCAGGACAAAAUGAUGGCAUGGCACACGGCGGCGUCGAAUGUCGAAUGGGAACGAAUUUCCAUUCGACAAAUGUUGGGAAAAUAAAAUGAGAAUGGAACGAACGACUGAAUGAAAAGGGUGUGCAGCUGCAUUUCUCCCAUUUGACAUCGUGUGUUUGUUCUCAUUUAAGACGCGUGUGAAAAAUGAAAAAUUCUUCGAAAACCCAAGAGAUGUAUAGUUUUUUCUCCGAAGGGAACAAACGUAUCGGUCAGUGUGGGGACACUUUUGAGCUCUGAUCUUUUAGUUGACCCAGAUAAUCCAACAUUCAGCCGAGGGAUUAUCGAUUUUCGAUUCAACCGGGGCGGCGGCGAUUUCCGAUUAAACCAAUGAAUAGUUUCAGACGGAAUGCAGUCGACGCCUUCCGUGUUAACGUCAUUCACGCUCGGCAGCAAGUCCGUUCGCCGGUCACCAACAUGGCUCGAACUUCAUUUUUCCACGUGAAGCGAGGAAAUGUAUGGAUUUGCGCGGUGACGCGGCAAAAUGUCAAUGCAGCUAUGGUCUUUGAGGUAUCCACGUCAAAUGAGGGAAUCAUCAAGUGACGAUAUUUUUUUCAGUUUUUGAAACGAUUUGCGGACACAAUGCAAUCGUACUUCGGGAAGCUGAAUGAGGAAAAUGUGAAGAAUAAUUUUGUGCUAAUUUAUGAGUUACUGGAUGGUGAGAACAGGAGAAAUAAGCUGCCGUACGUCAUAAUCUUUUUUCAGAAAUACUAGACUUUGGAUAUCCUCAAAACACGGAUCCUGGUGUGCUCAAGACGUUCAUCACGCAGCAAGGAGUCCGAACAGCGGUCAGUGAACGCUUUUCUGUUGGUUUCUCAAAGCAAUUCCAUAAUAAGUUGGACAUUUUCGAUAAUACAUUUUUAAACGAUUUUAGGAUACACCGGUUCCAGUGGUAAGCUUCAGUAUUGUGAAUGUGGUUGUUAGUUAGCAGGAAUGUCCUUGUUUGUGAGACAAACUUUAGUUGUGAUCAUGCGAUUUCCUGAAAAAACACUGUGAAUCAUGUCAGGAAAUUAUUUUGUUGACCAUCAUAUCUCGCCUGAGCAUCCAAUAAUCCGGGGUACUUAAUAUGUAUCCGCCUCUACAUUUGUACCCGAAUCUCGAUAACACUACCCAAGGGAUUUGUUUUGUAUUGCAGACGAAAGAGGAGCAGUCGCAGAUCACGUCUCAAGUGACCGGACAGAUUGGAUGGCGUCGCGAGGGAAUCAAGUACCGUCGAAACGAGCUCUUCCUCGAUGUCAUUGAAUACGUGAACUUGCUCAUGAACCAACAAGGUGCGUUAAUUCAAAGCUAAUCCGAUAAACACAAAAUAUCCAUUUCAGGUCAGGUUCUGUCGGCACAUGUCGCCGGAAAGGUUGCCAUGAAGUCGUACUUGAGCGGAAUGCCAGAGUGCAAGUUCGGAAUCAACGACAAAAUCACGAUCGAGGGCAAGUCGAAGCCCGGCAGCGACGAUCCGAAUAAAGCGUACGUUUGGGGCGACAAAUCCGGUUUCUCGUCAGGAAACUGAUACCCUCUUGUUUGCAGAAGCCGUGCCGCCGUGGCCAUUGACGACUGUCAAUUCCACCAAUGCGUCAAGCUUACGAAAUUCGAGACGGAGCACGCGAUUUCCUUCAUCCCACCGGAUGGCGAGUACGAACUGAUGAGAUAUCGCACCACGAAGGACAUCCAACUGCCGUUCCGUGUCAUCCCGCUGGUUCGCGAAGUUUCGCGCAACAAGAUGGAAGUCAAGGUCCGGAGUUUCCAGUCCAAUAUUCCACAAGUCCAGUUAAAAUCGUUCAGGUCGUCGUCAAGUCCAACUUCAAGCCCUCGCUUCUUGCCCAGAAAAUCGAGGUGCGCAUCCCGACGCCACCGAACACUUCGGGCGUGCAACUCAUCUGCAUGAAAGGAAAGGCCAAGUACAAGGCGGGCGAGAAUGCCAUCGUGUGGAAGUGAGUCUCGGGGGGUGCUCGCUCUCGGCGGAUUAGAGCGAGUCGGGGGCAAGGAAGAUGCCGCAUUUGAGAGGGAAAGGGAGACAAGAAAAUUGUGGCGGGGGCCAAAGAGAAGAAGGAGGAGAGCGAAGAAGAAAGCAAUCAGGGAAAUUGGCGGGAAGUUUGGAGGCCCCACACGCGAGCGCCAUUGUACGAAUAUUUGUUGGCGGGAUCCGGGGGAAGAUUCAACAGGACUUGAAAGAGUCUCAGCCGGUCGGUCCGGGAGUUACGACUUGAGCAAAAGUUUUUGUAAAAAAUAAAAAGCGCGUGCAGCAAGGUUGCUAAAAUGUUGCAAUCUAUUACUCCGCCAACUUUCAAACAAAUUUUAGGACCAAGUUGCAGCCUGUCGAACUGACCGGGCUAUGAUUGAAAAUGCGAGUCUGAAAAUAACUAGUUUUGUGGCUUCCUUAUGCAACGUGCAAUCUGGUGUAAAACAGUUUUCUCGAAAAGAUUUGGCGGUCUUUAAGGCUUCAAUCUUAAUGAUUUGUUUGUAGGAUCAAGCGCAUGGCUGGAAUGAAGGAAAGCCAAAUCUCGGCUGAAAUCGAUCUUCUCUCGACUGGAAACGUCGAGAAGAAAAAGUGGAACCGACCCCCAGUGAGCAUGAACUUCGAGGUACGGCACUCGUUUUUUGCAGACCGCAAUUCUCAAACAAACUCAAUUUGCAGGUUCCAUUUGCGCCGUCUGGUCUCAAAGUGCGCUACUUGAAGGUUUUCGAACCGAAACUGAACUAUUCGGACCACGACGUCAUCAAAUGGGUCCGGUACAUUGGAAGAUCCGGCCUGUACGAGACGAGAUGCUAA